AUGCUUAACUUCAAGCCGGCGCCCACCCCCGUCGACAUGAAGGCGGAGGUCUCUGCUCUGGAGGGGUCUCUCGCGUCCGAUGCAGCGUUCUAUCACUCCAUUGUUGGUGCUUUACAGUACCUGACGUUGACUCGAUCCGACCUGCAGUACGCUGUCCAGCAGGUGUGCCUCCACAUGCACGCUCCGCGUGAUUCUCAUUGGACCUUGGUGAAGCGUAUUCUCCGUUACAUACGCGGCACCAUGUCCUUGGGACUCACCCUGACGGCCUCCGCCUCCACCGACCUCGUGGCCUACUCGGAUGCCGCUGGGCUGGCUGCCCCGACACUCGACGCUCCACGUCCGGCUAUUGCGUCUACCUUGGGCCCUCGUUGA